AUGGCGACCAACAAGGUGGUGGACCUAAGGUCCGACACGGUCACCAAGCCCUCCGACGCCAUGCGCGCCGCCAUGGCCGCGGCCGAGGUCGACGACGACGUCCGGAGCGCGGACCCGACCGCGCGGCGCUUCCAGGAGGCGAUGGCGGCGAUCAUGGGCAAGGAGGCCGCGCUCUUCGUCCCGUCGGGGACCAUGGGCAACCUCGUCUCCGUGCUCGCGCACUGCGACGUCCGGGGCAGCGAGGUCAUACUCGGCGACGGCUCGCACAUCCACCUCUGCGAGAACGGCGGCAUCUCCACCAUCGGCGGCGUGCACCCCAAGACCGUCAGGAACAACGCCGACGGCACCAUGGACAUCGACAGGAUCGUCGCUGCAAUCAGGCCUCCGGGCGGGGGGCUGUAUUACCCGACCACCAGGCUCAUCUGCUUGGAGAAUACACAUGGGAAUUCUGGAGGGAAAUGUUUAUCCGUAGAAUACACUGACAAGGUUGGCGAAAUUGCCAAGAGUCAUGGCCUGAAGCUUCAUAUUGAUGGAGCUCGCAUUUUUAACGCUUCUGUGGCACUUGGAGUUCCUGUGGACAGACUUGUGAAAGCCGCGGAUUCAGUUUCGGUAUGCCUGUCUAAAGGUUUAGGCGCCCCCGUUGGAUCAGUUAUUGUUGGUUCAAAGGCCUUCAUUGACAAGGCCAAAAUUCUCCGAAAGACGCUAGGUGGUGGAAUGAGGCAGGUUGGAGUUCUCUGUGCUGCAGCUCAUGUUGCCGUUCGCGACACUGUGGGAAAGCUUGCGGAUGACCACAGAAAGGCUAAGGCUUUGGCAGAGGGACUGAAUAAAAUUGAACAGUUCACAGUGGAUUCAGCUUCAGUCGAGACCAAUAUGGUAUUCAUGGAUAUUGUGGAUUCACGCAUAUCAUCUGCCAAGCUGUGCCAAGUCCUGGGAACGCACAAUGUGCUUGCAAAUCCAAGGAGUCCAAAAAGUGUCAGGCUUGUCCUUCAUUACCAAAUUUCAGAUACCGAUGUUCAAUAUGCAGUGACGUGUUUUAAGAAAGCUGUUGAAGAGCUACUAAAGGGCAGUACUGAAUUCGAGCAUUUGGUGGAUACUACUACCAAGAACUCCUAUGGGCACUAG